AUGAACACUCGGAUCAAAGAUAUAUUUCAAUUUAGCAAACAAAGAGACUUAAGGACUAAUGAUAGACGACUGGCCUUACAAAGACAGCACAAGUGUCUGGAGCGCACACAUAGUAAUCCAGUUCCCAAUGAUCAUCGGCCCAAAAAGUGUGAAUUUAGGAGGACAUCAUCUGAAGGAAACCGGAUUACUGUACCAACGAUUAGCAUAACUGGUCCGCGAUUUGAAAGCUGUACCGACUCGGAGAGCAGUUCCUCCCGUUUCGGUGUCUUAGACGACGAUGUUUUCUGUUGUGCUAUCAAUACGAAAGACCGUUCGGCUAAUUAUCUCGAAAAAAAUCUAUUGAAUACAACUCUACUGAAAGAGACGUUCAAUAAUCAACAGUCAGAGCUCCAGCACAUCAACAAUCAGACUACCAGUCCAUUAGAGUCGCACGAUAUGAGACGGCUAUUGAAGAUUAAGAUUGAAAAGUGUAUUAUCUGUGAACAGGCCGUCUAUUUUUGGGGAAUUCAAUGCCUUAAAUGUGGUCUUGUAGGUCACCGAAAGUGUAUGCGAUGUCUGGUCAUCCGGUGUCCACCUAAAGGUAGUCUACCGACUAAAGUGCCGUUGUUUGGCAUCAAUCUGGACGAGUGUGUGGGUGUACCACAAGUAAUGCAUACCUGUAUUAGUGAACUGGAGAGACGGCCGUUCAGUAAAUUAAAAGGCAUUUACCGAUCAAAUGGUAACAGCAGUCGUGUGGCACAGAUAUGCGCCAGUUUUCAGUGCGGACCACAGCUUAUUGAUCUCAGAUAUAGUAGUUAUAACGACAUCACAGAUGUGCUCAAAAUUUAUUUGAAUAAACUGCCAAAACCACUGGUGCCCCCGGAGCUACAGUUAGAGCUAAUACGUAUAGCCAAGGAGUGGCCCCAAAGGAAGGUUCCCUAUACUAAGUCCGGUGUCAUAAUCAUAAUAUUUGAAUUGAGAGAAGUGGUCAACCAAUUGCCGUCAAACCAUUUCAUUGUCUUAUCAUAUUUGAUGCAUCACUUGAAGAGAUUAACAUUGCAUAAGAGGGAAGUGGAGAUCAACGAGUCGACACUUGCCGUACAGUUUAUAUCAGUCGGAGUCGUCAAACAUAGACACGACGUUUACUUCGGUACAGAAGAUCCGGUCGAUGGAGUUAAUGAUCACAAACGCUACCGAAGUGUUUGGUCCGCAGCCGAGCGUCAGAUUGCAAUUGUCGGGAAAAUUUAG